ACGGAGAGUCCAGAGGUGGAAAUCCCUUAACGAUUAUUUUCACGCCUAGAAAUGAUUCAGACAAUGAUGAAGGCUGUAAACUUCCACGAGUGGGCGGUGACAGUGAGUGUAUCCUAGCUGUCCUUUCAUAGUGACUCAUUGUGAGAAACGUGGAUUUUCAGUGUUGUAGGCUACUAAUUGGAAAUUAAACUUAUACGCGCGCGUGGGGGAGUGGACAGGCGUAUGUCGCAUCAUCCGUUUGAAUCGGCUCCAGACUUUAUCCGUCUGUAACGUUCAUGUGAGCUCGAGGAGACCAGAUACAGUUCUCAUUACCAGCUCUUCAGCUUUUAGGAGAAGAACGCGUCUAUUAGAAUCGGCUCACCCCGCGGCUCGCUUGAGAUGGUUCAGUCCAGCUGCGAGGGUCCAGUCUCCAUGCACUGGGAUUUUUCUCAGCGCCGACACCAAGUGAAUCUUCCUUUUAAAACCAUCUGAUAACCGUGCCUGCCAAAAAAAAAAGCCCACCAUGAGCGCCUCUUUUAAUCCUGACAGAACGGGACUCGUGAGGACAGAGUGCAGAUGUACAUUUAACGGGACGAGGAAACUGGAUGGUAUAAGGAUUUUUGCGCUAAUGAAGGUGGGAGUACAGGCGCAUCACUGGAGCGGGGUGCUGUUCUUCUAUAUGGGGCUGCUGGCUGCAUCGGUUAAGGCUCAAAACUGCAGUCACACACUACACAGUCCAAAUGGGACAAUAGAAAGCCCCGGAUACCCGUAUGGAUAUCCCAACUACGCCAACUGCACAUGGGUGAUUGUGGCACAGGAACACAACCGGAUACAGUUGGUAUUUCAAGGCUUUGCCUUAGAGGAGGACUUUGACAUCCUUUCAGUCUACGAUGGGCAACCCAGUCCAACAAACUUACGGACACGGUUGACGGGGUUUCAACUUCCUGCCCCUAUAGUCAGCACAGGACCCAGACUCACACUAUGGCUGCUGUCAGACUACGCUGUAAGUGGCCAGGGCUUCAAAGCCGUGUACGAAGCCCUUCCAAGCUACACCUGUGGAAAUCCAGGCCAGCUGCUCAACGGCAUGCAGCAAGGCUCUACUUUCAACAUCGGGGACAAGAUCCGCUACAGCUGCAACCUGGGUUAUGUGCUGGAGGGCCACACCGUGCUCUCCUGCCUGGCCACUUCCUCCGGCACCGCUGCCUGGGACUUCCCCCUGCCGUACUGCCGAGCGGAUGAUGGCUGUGGCGGCACGCUGCGUGGUCAAAGUGGUGUCAUCACUAGUCCAAAUUACCCCCAGGAGUACAACAACAACGCAGACUGCACCUGGACAGUGCUAGCCGAACCAGGUGACACCAUCGCCCUGGUCUUCUCCGACUUUCAAUUGGAAGAAGACUACGAUGUGUUGGAGAUAACCGGCACAGAAGGAUCCUCUCAGUGGUUUACUGGUCCAAACCUGCCAUCGCCCAUCAUCAGCAGCAAGAACUGGCUGAGACUCCACUUCACAUCUGAUGGAAACCACAAACUGAGAGGCUUCAGUGCUCAGUAUCAAGUGAAGAAGAUGACAGAGCUGAAGUCCAGAGGGGUGAAGAUGCUGCCAAGUAAAGACAACCACAGCAAGAUAUCAGUUUUAUCUCAGAUGGGGGUGGCACAAGGACAUAACAUGUGUCCAGAUCCAGGAAUCCCAGAGAGGGGCAAAAGAAAAGGCUCUGAUUUCAGGCGGGGUGCUACUGUGCACUUUUCUUGUGAUGAAGGAUACGAACUUCAGGGGUCUAAAAGCAUCACCUGCCUGCGAGUUACAGACAGUUAUGUUGGCUGGAGCGAUGACCGGCCUAUCUGCAGAGCUCCUAUGUGUGGUGGUCAGCUCCGUGGCCCUAGUGGCAUCAUCACCUCCCCAAAUUUCCCAGUACAAUAUGACAACAAUGCCAACUGUACCUGGAUCAUCACAGCUUCGGACCCUUCAAAGGUGAUCAAGUUGACUUUUGAGGAGUUUGACUUGGAGCGAGGCUACGAUACGCUAACUGUGGGUGACGGCACUGUAAUCGGCGAUCAGCGGACAGUCUUUCAUGUGUUGUCUGGGACUACAACUCCAGAUCUGGUGGUCAGUACCAGCCAUCAGAUGUGGCUCAAUUUUAAAACGGAUGACACGAGUGGCUCCUUGGGCUUUAAGGUUUCUUAUGAAGAAAUUGACCAGGGUGGGUGUGGAGACCCUGGAAUUCCAGCCUAUGGCAAGAGGGAAGGCACAGGCUUCCGACAUGGAGACAAACUGUAUUUUGAAUGCCUUCCAGCCUUUGAGUUGGUGGGAAAAAAGAACAUUACCUGCCAGAAAAAUAAUCAAUGGUCAGCCAAGAAGCCAAGCUGUGUGUUUUCAUGUUUCUUCAACUUCACAACUCCAUCUGGGGUCCUGCUAUCACCAAACUACCCUCAAGAGUAUGGCAACAACAUGCACUGCGUGUGGCUGAUCAUCGCCAAACCCGAAAGCCGCAUCAACUUAGCCUUUAACGACCUGAGCAUGGAGAAACAAUUUGACUUCCUGUCCAUUAAAGAUGGCGGCAAGGCAGAGUCGCCAAUUCUUGGCACCUUUUCUGGAGAUGUGCUGCCCUCACCAAUCACUACCAGCGGCCAUGUGGCCCGACUGGAAUUUCUGACUGAUCAUACGUAUACAGACCGUGGCUUCAACAUCACUUUCACCACGUUUCGGCACAACGAAUGUCCCGACCCUGGUGUUCCAGUAAACGGAAAGCGCUUUGGUGAGAGUCUACAGCUUGGCAGCUCCAUCUCUUUCCUGUGUGAGGAGGGGUUCAUGAAGACCCACGGAUCUCAGACUAUCUCCUGCAUUCUCAAAGAUGGGAAUGUUGUGUGGGACAAUGCUGUGCCACGUUGUGAAGCUCCAUGUGGUGGAAACCUGAAGGCUUCUAGCGGCAUCAUUCUGUCCCCAGGCUGGCCUGAGCUUUAUAAAGAAGCCCUCAAUUGUGAGUGGAUCAUCGAGGCCCCACCAGGAUAUCCUAUUAAGAUCAUCUUUGACAAAUUCCGGACAGAGGUUAACUAUGAUGUUCUUGAGGUACGGGAUGGACGUUAUCCUUCUUCCCCUCUGAUUGGCAGUUACCAGGGUACACAGGUCCCACAGUUCCUCAUCAGCACCUCAAACUUCCUCUACCUGCUCUUCACCACCGACAAGAGCCACUCCGACAUCGGCUUCCGCAUCCGAUAUGAAACCUUGCAACUCCAGUCGGACCAUUGCGUUGAUCCUGGAAUCCCAGUCAACGGUCAGCGCCAUGGCAAUGAUUUUUACGUGGGGGCAUUGGUGACGUUUAGUUGCGAAGCAGGAUACACCCUCAGUGACCACGAGCCCCUCGAGUGUGAACCCAACUUCCAGUGGAGUCGCCCCCUGCCCAGCUGUGAUGCACUAUGUGGAGGGUUUAUUCAGGGGAACAGUGGCACUAUUCUGUCCCCUGGGUUUCCUGACUUCUACCCCCAUAACCUCAACUGUACCUGGAUGAUUGAGACUUCACAUGGUAAAGGUGUCCAGUUUACCUUCCACACCUUUCACCUGGAGAGUCCGCACGACCACCUUUUAGUCACAGAAAAUGGUAGUUUCUCUCAACCCCUGUGGAGAUUGACCGGGUCUACGCUGCCGCCCCCUCUCAGCGCUGGACUCUUUGGCAACUACACCGCUCAGAUCCGUUUCCUCUCAGACUUCUCUGUGUCCUAUGAGGGCUUUAACAUCACUUUCUCAGAAUACGAUCUUGAGCCUUGCGAAGAUCCCGGCGUCCCCCCCUUCAGCACUCGUAAAGGGCUGCAGUUCGGGGUGGGGGAUGCGCUCAUCUUCUCCUGUUUUCCGGGGUAUCGUCUCGAGGGGCCUGCGAGGGUGGUGUGUCUAGGGGGGCGUCGGCGGGUGUGGAGUUCCCCUCUGCCAAGGUGUGUUGCUGAAUGCGGAUCAUCUGUAACUGGGAAACAAGGAGUUUUACUCUCUCCAAACUACCCUGGUUAUUACGGUAACAAUCAUGAGUGUAUCUACUCCAUCCAAACCCAACCCGGUAAAGGCAUCCAGCUCCGAGCACGGGAUUUCCGCCUGGAGGAGGAUGACAUGCUUAAGGUGUAUGAUGGUAACAGUAACGGUGCUCGACUGCUGGGAAUAUUCACAGGCACAGAGCUGAUGGAUGUCACUUUAAACAGCACGUCCAGCACCAUGUGGCUAGAGUUCAUUAGUAAUAGUGACAAUACCAGCAAAGGUUUUGAGCUGCACUUCACCAGUUUUGAGCUGGUGAAGUGUGAGGACCCAGGUGUGCCUCAGUUUGGCUUUAAACAGGAGGACAAAGGUCACUUCGCAGGCAGCACGGUGUCAUAUAGCUGUGAUCCUGGCUACAGUUUAAAGGGCCCGGAGGUUUUGACAUGUCUCAGAGGGGAGAGGAGAGCAUGGGACAGCCCCCUCCCACUGUGUGUGGCCGAGUGUGGAGGAACGAUUAAAGAUGAGCCCAUGGGCCGGAUUCUGUCUCCUGGUUACCCAGCACCUUAUGAGCAUAACUUGCACUGUGUCUGGACUAUUGAGGCGGCACUUGGAAGCACCAUCGGGUUGCAUUUCCUGGUCUUUCACACAGAAGAGGUGCACGAUGUUUUGCGGAUCUGGGAUGGGCCUCAGGACGGAGGUGUGCUCCUGAGAGAGCUGAGUGGCUCUACUCUUCCUCCAGACCUUCACAGCACCUUUAACUCUGUCAGCCUGCAGUUCACAACUGACUUCUUUACCAGCAAGCAGGGUUUCGCUCUGCAGUUCUCGGUUUCAACUGCCACUUCCUGUAAUGAUCCUGGCAUUCCAACAAAUGGCACUCGCAUAGGAGACAGCAGAGAGCCAGGGGAUCAUGUGCUGUUCCAAUGUGAUCCCGGAUACCUCCUACAGGGGGCGACCAAGAUCACCUGUACCGAGAUCAACAACCGUUUCUUCUGGCAGCCUGAUCCGCCCACCUGUUCUGCUCCAUGUGGAGGGAAUCUGACUGGUCCCAGUGGACUGAUCCUGUCCCCUGAAUACCCAGAGCCCUAUCCUCAUGGCAGAGAAUGUGACUGGACAGUAACAGUAACGCCGGACCACAUCAUAUCACUCACUUUCAAUCACUUUAGUCUAGAGCCGAGCUACGACUUCCUGCAUGUCUAUGAUGGGCCUGAUUCUCUCUGCCCGCUGCUGGGCAGCUUUUAUGGCACGGAUGUCCCUGAGCGCAUUGAGAGCAGCUCCAACACACUGUUCCUGGCCUUCCGCAGUGACGCCUCACUUAGCAGCAAUGGAUUUGUCCUGCAGUACACUGAAAAUCCCAGAGAGUCGUGCUUUGAACCAGGCCUGGUGCGUAAUGGUACACGUGUUGGUACGGAGUUGAAAUUGGGUGCAACUGUCACCUAUUACUGUGACAACGGCUAUACGCUGGAGGGAGACGCCACGCUCACUUGCAUCAUGGGGGGAGACGGCAAGCCCGGCUGGAACAAACCGAAACCUGUUUGCAUAGCUCCAUGUGGUGGUCAGUAUUCGGGCUUGGAGGGUGUGGUGCUCUCCCCUGGUUAUCCUGGAAACUACAGCAGCGGGAGGACUUGCCUCUACUCGGUUGUUGUUCCAAAAGACUAUGUGGUGUUCAGCCAAUUUGCAUUCUUCCAGACUGCGCUAAAUGAUGUUGUGGAGGUGUACGAUGGGCCAACCCAGCAUGCCCGUGUCCUGAGUUCUCUCUCUGGGGCCCACACAGGUGAAUCUUUGCCUCUAGCCACCUCCAACCAGAUCCUUAUCCGGUUCUCUUCUAAGGGUCAGUCAAGCUCAAGAGGUUUCCAUCUGGUCUACCAAGCUGUCCCGAGGACCAGUGCGACUCAGUGCAGCUCAGUCCCAGAGCCCAGACAUGGCAGACGCACGGGGAACAACUUUGCAGUGGGAGCCGUGGUGAGUUUCGAAUGCAAUGCAGGAUACGUCCUGGAGGGGCCCAGUGCCAUCGAGUGCCUGACUGUACCCAACGCUUUGGCCCAGUGGAAUGGCAGCAUGCCCAGCUGCAUUGUGCCAUGUGGAGGGAAUCUAACCCAACGGAUAGGCACUAUUCUGUCCCCCGGCUAUCCCGAGCCCUACCUAAACAGCCUGAGCUGCGUAUGGAAGAUCACCGUGCCAGAAGGAAUGGGAAUCCAGAUCCAGGUGAUUAGCUUUGUGACAGAGCAGAACUGGGACUCUCUCGAGGUGUUUGACGGAGGUGACAACACUGACACCAUGCUAGGGAGCUUCUCAGGUACAACAGUCCCAGCCCUCCUAAACAGCACCUCCAACCAGCUCUACCUGCACUUCUUCUCAGACAUCAGCGUCUCUGCAGCCGGUUUCCGUCUGGAGUACAAGACUGUGUCUCUCACUAGCUGUCCUGAACCGGUUAUACCCAUGAAUGGCUUCAAAGUGGGCGAGAGACUACAGAUGAACAAUGUGGUGUCCUUUCAGUGUGACCCUGGAUAUACUCUGCAGGGAGUCUCCCAUAUCUCUUGCAUGCCAGGGCCUGUGCGCCGCUGGAACUAUCCGCCUCCUCUCUGCAUCGCUCAGUGUGGGGGAAUCAGAGAGGAGAUGGAAGGCACCAUCCUCAGCCCUGGUUUCCCAGGAAACUACCCUAGCAACAGUGACUGCACCUGGAGGAUUUACUUGCCAGUCGGUUAUGGGGCUCAUGUGCAGUUCUUGAACUUUUCCACUGAGGCCAACCACGAUUUCCUGGAAAUUAGGAAUGGACCUUUUGACACCAGCACAGUGAUUGGCAGAUUCAGUGGACAGGACAUACCACCAUCUCUUCUAACCACCUCCCAUGAGACCACUAUAUAUUUCCAUAGUGAUCACUCUCAGAAUAAGCCUGGUUUCAGAUUUGAUUAUCAGGCCUAUGAACUUCAGGAGUGUCCUGAUCCUGAACCCUUUCACAAUGGUGUGGUGGUUGGGGCUGGUUAUAAUGUGGGUCAGUCCAUCUCUUUUGAGUGCUAUCCUGGGUAUCAGCUGAUGGGACACUCCAUUCUUACCUGUCAACAUGGAACUACACGCAACUGGGAUCAUCCGUUUCCUCGUUGUGAAGUGCCCUGUGGAGGUAACAUUACAUCAGACAAUGGCACUAUCUUCUCCCCCGGUUACCCAGAGGACUACCCCACUUCUGCGGACUGCAGCUGGCUGAUUACUGUGGCACCAGGCUUGGGAAUUCGUCUUAAUUUCACCCUCUUGCAAGUCCAUGGUCCCCAAGAUUUCAUCACAAUCUGGGACGGACCUCAGGAAACGGCUCGUAAACUUGGAGUGUUUACCGAGGGAGAGCUCAACAACCCACCAAGCAGCACUUCUAAUCAAGUUCUGAUACGUUUCCGAAGCAAUUCUGAGAAAGGUGGACUGUUCAAGAUCAACUACCAAGCCUAUAGACUUCAGUUUUGUUUGCCACCUCCCAUCAUUCCUAAUGCAGAAAUACUGAUGGCCAGUAAAGAAUUUAAGAUAGGUGAUAUAGUGCGUUACAGAUGUUUGCCAGGAUAUCACCUAAAUGGGAACAGCAUUCAAACCUGUCGCCUGGGGACUCAUCUUGAGUUUGAAGGACCACCACCUUCAUGUGAUAUCACCUGUCCCAUGAACGAGGUGCUGACAGCCUCCACAGGGAUAAUCCUGAGUCAGUCACCGGGCAGCAGCCUGCCGCACUUUGAGUCCUGCUCCUGGGUGGUGAAGGUGGAUUCAGGUUACAACAUCACUUUCACCGUUGAACACUUUCAGACCAGCAGACAGUUUGAUGAGCUGGAGAUCUUUGAUGGUCCAUCAAGACAGAGUCCACUGCUCAUUUCUCUGAGUGGGAACUAUUCAUCUCCACUCAGUAUUACUAGCUCUGCUAACAAGGUUUACCUUCACUGGUCCUUCGAUCACACCUCCAGCCACAAGGGCUUUCGAAUUCGCUACUCAGCGGCGUACUGCAGUAUUCCGGACCCUCCCGUGAACGGCUCGGUACACAGCCUGACGGGCACGAAGCUGGGCAGUACCUUGCGCUUCAGCUGCGACCGGGGCUUCAACCUGAUUGGCCAGACCACCGCCACCUGCACACGCACCCCACAGGGCAUCCACCAAUGGAACGCUCCAGUGCCGCUUUGCCAAGUGGUUUCCUGUGGGAUGCCCAUUGCCCCAGUGAAUGGCACAGUCAUCGGACAGCACUUCACUCUCGGCUCUAGAGUCACAUUCUCUUGUAAUCCUGGUUUCCGAUUGGCCAACGCUCAACCGGUGUCAACACUUUGCCAAGAGUCUGGGAGGUGGACCACGAUGGAGACCCGCCCUCGCUGCGUCCCUGUGACCUGCCCUGACAUCGGCCAUUCCGCAGUGGAUCAUGGGAGGUGGAGGCUUAUUUACGGCAUGCAGAAUAAAUAUGAGGCCAUGAUGAUGCUGACCUGUGACCCUGGAUACUUCUACAAGGGUCAAAGGGUUAUCCGCUGCCAAGCUAACGGCACCUGGGAUUACCCUGAGCCGAGACCGUCCUGUGAAAUCAUUUCCUGUGGUGACCUUGGAACCCCUCCGAAUGGGAAUAAAAUAGGAACAUUAACCGUGUACGGAGCGACUGCCAUUUUUUCCUGUAACACGGGUUAUACUCUGGUGGGCUCCAGAGUGAGAGAGUGCAUGUCCAAUGGCCUGUGGAGUGGAGCUGAGGUCCAAUGUCUUGCUGGACACUGUGGCACACCAGAGCCUAUUGUGAAUGGCCAAAUCAUUGGUGAGAACUACAACUACAGAGGCAGUGUUGUUUACCAGUGUAAUCCUGGAUUCCGGCUCAUCGGCGUGUCAGUUCGCAUCUGUGAGCAGGAUCACCGCUGGUCUGGAAAGACUCCCAUCUGUGUCCCCAUCACCUGUGGACAUCCAGGCACCCCUGCUAAUGGUGUGACUCAGGGAACACAGUUUAACCUGAAUGACAUUGUGCGUUUCGCCUGCAACCCUGGUUAUGUUCUACAGGGUGCGAUCAAGUCUCACUGUCAGCCCAACGGCCAGUGGAGCAACACUCUGCCCAGAUGUAAAAUUGUGAACUGCACUGAUCCGGGACAUGUUGAAAAUGGUGUCAGACAGGUCCUGCCCAGCGGGCCCCAUCGUUACAGUUUCCAGACCGCAGUUUCUUACAACUGUAACCCUGGAUACUACCUGCUGGGCACCAGCACUCUGAGCUGUCAGGGAGACGGCACAUGGGACCGCUCCCUACCCAAGUGUCUCUUGGUUCUGUGUGAUCGUCCCAGCAUGCCUCCGUAUGCACAGAUCUCAGGGGACAGACGCACAGUGGGCUCUGUUAUCCGCUUCAGCUGCAUCGGCCAGCGCACCAUUGUGGGCAAUACCACCCGCAUGUGCCAGCUGGAUAGCCAAUGGAGCGGCUCCCUGCCACAUUGCUCUGGGGAUUCUGCCGGUUUGUGUGGAGACCCUGGCAUUCCAGUGCACGGGAUCCGUCUGGGAGAGGAGUUCUCCGUAGGGAGCGUCGUACGAUUCAGCUGUGAGCCCGGCUACAUUCUGAAGGGCUCCUCUGAACGGACCUGCCUGGCUAACGGGAGCUGGGUGGGCAUCCAGCCUGAAUGCCAUGUGGUCUCCUGUGGCAACCCUGGAACUCCCCGCAACGCCGUGAUCCAGUUCCAUGAUGGACUUGUGUUUUCCCGCUCCAUCACCUACUCCUGCAGAGAAGGCUACUACUCUAAUGGCCUGCUCACCCGUCAUUGUACGGUCAAUGGCACCUGGACCGGGGAUAUGCCGGAAUGCACAGUCAUUAACUGUGGAGAUCCUGGAGUGCCAGCUAACGGUAUCAGACUGGGCAGCGACUUCACGUACGGUCACACUGUGAGCUUCCAGUGUUCACCAGGCUUCACAAUGGAUGCUGAUCGUGCCUCUACUCUCAUCUGCACCAAGGACCGCACAUGGAAUGGCACCAAGCCUGUUUGCAAAGCCAUUGUGUGUGGGGCACCUCCCAGUAUCCCAAAUGGGCAGGUGGUGGGGACUGACUUCCAGUGGGGGUCUAGUAUUAGUUAUACCUGUAAUCAGGGUUACCAGCUUUCCCUUCCCACCAUCCUUACCUGCCAGGGCACAGGAAACUGGAGCGGCGAACGACCCCAGUGUUUUCCUGUAUUUUGUGGAGAUCCAGGAAUACCAGCCCAAGGCAAGCGAGAAGACCGAGGGUUCACAUACCUGUCCUCUGUUUCAUUCUCAUGUUACCCGCCUUUGAUACUGGUUGGCUCUGCUCGGCGAUACUGCCAAUAUGACGGAACCUGGAGUGGAACACAGCCUUCUUGUAUAGAUCCCAGUCACACCAGCUGUGUAGAUCCUGGAACUCCUCUCUUUGGCCACCAGAACAACUCUCAAGGCUACCAGAUUGGUAGUUCAGUAUUCUACAGCUGCAGAAAGGGCCACCUUCUUCUGGGUUCCAUCUCUCGGACCUGUUUGCCCAACCUCACCUGGAGUGGCAUGCAGCCUGAGUGCAUCGCUCAUCACUGUAAUCAGCCGGAGCUCCCCGCACAGGCAGAUGUAGGUGCCAUAGAGCUGCCAUCUCUGGGUUAUACGCUCAUCUACACUUGUCAGGCUGGAUUCUACCUGGCUGGAGGGUCUGAACACCGCACCUGCAGGGCUGAUGGCAGCUGGACAGGGAAACCUCCAUUGUGUGCACCUGAUAACAGACCAAGUGGAAAAACUGUAGGAACCGUGCAAGAGCCACCCAACACAAAGCUACCCGUGCCAAGUGGGGUUUUUGCUAAGAACUCUCUUUGGAGGGGUUCAUACGAAUAUCUAGGGAAGAAGCAGCCAGCAAUGCUUAGCAUAACUGCUUUUGAACCAUUCAGCAAUCGGGUCAAUGGCACUCUCAUGGACCACAGCGGAGUACAGCUUAAUCUGGCUGGUACCUAUAAGAAAGAAGAAGCCCAGUUGUUGCUGCAGGUGUAUCAGAUCCGCGGUCCCGUGGAGAUCUUCGUUAACAAGUUCAAAAUUGACAACUGGGCACUGGACGGACACGUGUCGUACAUGCCUUCAUCUGAUUCAUUUGUAUACCAAGGCUUUGUUCGAGGAAAAGGCUUUGGCCAGUUUGGACUUCAGAGGCUGGAGGGCCUUGAUCCAAAUGGGGAGAAUACAGGCUAUAACUUUGCCUCCAAUAGCAGUUCAGUGGCAGCAGCCAUUUUAGUGCCUUUUAUUGCCAUGAUCAUAGCAGGCUUCGCUCUGUAUCUCUACAAACACAGAAAAAGGCCCAAAGUUCCCUUCAAUGGUUAUGCGGGCCAUGAGAACACCAACGGAAGGGCGACUUUCGAAAAUCCUAUGUAUGACCGCAAUAUCCAGCCCACUGAGAUCAUGCCCAAUGAGACAGAGUUCACGGUCAGCACAGUGUGCACAGCAGUAUAGCGACCGCUCUAGUCAAAGGCUGGAUAUAAUCUUUCCCUCUCCACACAACUAUUCCCAUAGUUACGAAUGGGCCGCACGGAUGCACUAAAGAGGAGGAUUGUUUUGUUUUUCGUUUGUAAACCAAUUCCAAUUGUGACAAAAAAGUGACAAACCUUGAUAACGAUGCCGUAAAAAUGGCAUCAACAGAGAUGCACUGAUAAAGAACCAUGUCAGUGUUUGCUAGCUAAAACUCUGUUCCUACACACUUCUACUGUCUCCUCUUUUUUCCUUCUGAGGGAACGUCCUGUUUGACUGUGGCAGCGCAAAGGGACACAUGUGAAGCUCAGUCGUCGCUUGCCAAAAAAAGACAAGAGGUACAUUGUUCAGUCAAACGAAGGCCGCCCAUUCUUACUCUUGAGGUAGAGGAAGACUUCAUGUGAGCAGGAAGUCAAGAGAAGCAUGUUGCUGGAGAGUUGAAGCUUGGUUUUACUUUUUUUCUCUGGAGUGCAUUUUGGCUUGUUUUAACCCAUAUCCACCUCAAACUAAAAUCACAAACAAGUGCAGACUUCACUGAGGACACUCUGACACCCAUCGGUUCUCUAAGCAUGUUACGCCACACCUCCAUUUGAAGAGGAAUGAGAUUCAGAGGCUUAUUAGAAGACAUGGAUUCUAGCUGUAGCACCUCUUUUCUCAUUCCAGCCAGAAGAAACAAGUGUUCUCGCAUCAUCUUAUCAUGAUCUCGACUGAGAAUGGACAGUCCUACCCUCCGAGCAGCCCAGCGGAGAACAUGAAAGGACACGGUGCACGUGUUUUUGUGUUCAGGGGCUUUAUGAAGCUCACUUCACGGCCAUUAUCUGCUGUUAGUUCCUUUUUCCCCACAUUGACAGAAGAAAAGCAGCCCACGUCGGAGGGUUAGAUUUCAUCUAUAUUACCCAGGAGGGCCAUCUAAACCCCCUCCUCAUGCGUUUGGAUGUUCUGAGUUGGAUGUUCUUGGUUUAUGGGCUGGGUUACGUCAAUUAGCAUUUAUAGAUAUUCCUGAUGUCAUGCAGAAUUUAGGUGGUGGGCUUCUGAUGUCAUUGAAUGCCGUGGAUCAAAUGAUUUUCAUACAUAGAUUAAAAAAGCAACACAGCCCUUGAAGACUUGAAGUACGGAGGUAAAUAUAACUUGAAACGUGUCUUUCAUAACCAGGGGAAGGUCUGCUUUCGGUCCUCAAGUUUUGAAGUCAAGGAUAAGGAUGACGGUUUUAGUCAAAAGGAGCCAAUGCCAAAUGAGCGUGAACAUAUUUAAUCUCUGUAGCUUUGUGUCAUAAUCUCUUUCCCUGCAUAUUCCUCCAUGUCAUCCAUGCCCACUCCACAUUUAUGAUAAGCAAAAGGGGCUUAAAAAUCACUAAUCCAAGGCCGGUUGUUUAUUUGCAUGCAUUUGCUCCAAUAACUUGAUGGGAAGGUUUGAAGAUGAGCAACAGCUUGGGAAGUUUACAACUUUCCAAGUGGAGAGAGAUAGAUCUGCAUACUUGAUAACUUACAUUUUGUUGUCUGAGUGCAGCAUAUAGUGGCCGGUGUUAUUGAGAUUUGUAGUUCGGUUAUUAGAUAUUAUUGUCGCUGCUUGUUUCUGCAUCAUUCGGUUCGAUUAUUUUCUUGUCUUAUGGUGUCUGUUACCUGAUGCCGCCAUUUGCUUUCCAGUGGGCAUUUCAAUUCCUCCAGUUUAUUUGCUGUACUGUUCAAUUUUUGAAAUCAAUCACUGAUAUAAUUGCUUCUUCAGGUUUAUUACUUUUGAAAUCGGUAGCCUGUCAUCGUUGCAUUAAUGUGAUAUUACCCAGAGAUUGUUUCAAUUGUAAGUUGAUCGAAAAAAGCAAAGAUUGUAUUUCCCUUGAGAUUUUAUGGGCCAGGAGUUUAGCAAGUACAUUAUCUUCAACCUAUUGACUUCAACCUAAGACUGUCACAUGGCUGUUCUUUUUAGGGGAAUUUCAUUUUGAAUUGCUUUAUCAGUGUAGAUGGCAUCUUAAAGCAUUUGCCACAUCAGACAUCAUUUUGUUCCAGUUUAUCUAACACCGACUUGGUGUUUUACAUUGUCUUACAGUUGCAUUGUUACGUCUCAGCAAACCUACAACAAUAGCAGCGCUGCCAGAUUUAUAACAUUCUGACAUUAGAAAUAGCUCCUUUUAAAACCCUACAAAAUUGCACUUUGCUAGUGAUAACACACACACAAAUCAAGGCACAAGGGCUUCAAAGUCAUCUCCUCUACUUCAUUUUUCAUCUUUAUAUGUGUAUAUUAACCCAAACUGUUGUUUAAGUAUCCAGGCAGCCUGUGUUUCAUGCUUAUCCAUCUGUUUCUCAUAACAGUGCCUUGGUAACUCUAUAUGUGGUGCAUCUAAUCUCUUCUUAUUGCUCCAUUUUGGUUAUUAUUGCGCACUGGUCAAGAGCUGCCAGUUGCUAGGGGAGAAUUUCAAAGACGUUGCUUCUCUGUUUUCUCUGGUAGAGAGUCAAGUCUUUGUUAUUCUUAGCUUAAGAGAAUCACACAAAUACAAAAAUUAAGUCCAGCACCUCAAAACGUGCAAUUAAUUUACAUCUUCACACAAUUCUUUAGGUUAAACCUGCACUUUAAGGGAGCAAGUAAACCUUUUUUGUCUCCUUUGGCCUCGAGUCAUUAGAGUAUUCUUGUAUUGUGGAUAUUAUUUUGCAAAUCUAUUGCAAAACCUACGGUGCUGCUUUGCCAAAGUCAAAGGCAUCAGCCCAUCUUAUACACAUAUAUAGAGAGACAUCCAACCAAAAUGAAAAGCAUUACAGCAUUUACAGUAUUAUUUAUAGUAUUUAGCAAUGCUAACAGUGAAUUAGCUGAAGUAUUAGCAUAUUCUUGUCAGUGUUUCAGUCUGUAGUGUCGUGAUCACUAAAACAGACAUGCUCCCUUCACAGAGCUGAUGUGUUUUCAGUGUCAGGCCAUUUUUAUUAGCCCAAAACUGGUGCUUACAUCUUCAUGUGACAGCCCUCCACGUUUUAUUUUAUUCUCAGCCCGACAUAAUCACACACUAAAAUAGAGACCAGCAUGUCAAUUAAUUUACGUUGUAACAUAUUCAAAUAUUUGUGAUGAGUAUAUGAAAGCCCUUUUCAUUAAGGUUUUGUUAGCAUGACAUGAAAGUGACCUUGUGUUUUUAGUCUUGUGUGCUACAAGCUAAUUCGGAAAACAUAUUCGUGUCAUUUACCAGUGUCUUUCAAAGGUGAGAUGUUUGGAUGUAGACGAUAUCUUGAUUGCACUGAAUGUAUUUUUAGUUUUGGAAAUGUCUAUGCUAUAUCUGCUAUAUGGUGAACAUCCAACAAAAACUACAUAACUGUCCCUUAAAAACAUAUCGAAAAGCAGCACCCCUAAAAGACUGCAUAUCAAUAUAUUUGAAUUGCACACUUCAGCUUAUAUUAAAGAAGUAUAUGAAAAUGUUGUACUACAAGAAGAACAUAUCAGUUUUGUGUGGAGGUCAAUCUGAAGAUAUCUUGGUAUGCACUUUUCCAGCUUUUUCUCACCCUUCUAUUCUCUUCUUGAGAGCCACAACCAUGCGUUUCUCUCCAGUAGGUAAGAGGUACGAGCCCAGCCUUGAAGGACUUUUAAAGGACUGCUCUGCUCUGGCUAUCCAAAGCCUAAAGGAAUACAGUCAGUCUUGAGUUACGUACUUGACCAAAAGGAUUUUUUUUGAACAGUGACUUUCAAACUUUCAAGGACCUUAAUGGAGCGGUCCGUUGCGGAUAUCCAGACAGAGACUCUGACGCUGAAAGGAGAACUAAUGAAUAGAAACCUUUUUUUUGUACAGAGAUAUAUUUUUAUGGAAAUAAAUUUGUAAUAUAAAAAAAGAGAAAGUGUAUUGACAGAUCUGUAAAUGUUUUUCAUUAUUGUAGUACAAAUGCUAGUGGGGAUUAUAAAAAUAUAUAUAUAAAAUAUAUAUAUACAAAGACAAAAUAGAGACAAAGGUUUUUUUUGUAAAUGUAAAAACGAUUGUAUAUAGAAGUUUACAUAUUGUAAAUAUGUAAUACCCAACAUGGCUUGUCUGCAAUAUAUAAAAUGUAUUUUAUCUGUCUGUAUAUGAUGCUUUGCAUUGUGUUUCAGCUUAUUCUACUUUCUUGAACUUGAAACCUAUUUUGAAGUUUUUGGAAUAAAAAAAUGAAAUCAUA